GCAGGCAGAGCCGGCUGCCAUGGCGCUGGUGGGGCCUGUGAUCUGGGGCUUUAGACGAGAUGUCUACCUCCUGUUGCUUCUACUGCUGCUGUUGCUGCCGCCCUGGGUCCCGGCUGGGCUGGUUCCUUCAGAGACCCCAAGUGUCUGUGCCUCAGACCCAUGUGCUCCAGGGACCAGGUGCCAGGCUACAGAAAGUGGUGGCUUUACCUGUGAGCCCUUAGAGCUUGGAGGCUGUGCUGCUCAACCGUGCCACCAUGGUGCACUGUGUGUGCCCCAGGGCCCAGAUCCUAACGGCUUCCGUUGCUACUGUGUGCCUGGAUUCCAGGGACCCCACUGUGAACUGGACAUCGAUGAGUGUGCCUCCCGGCCUUGCCACCACGGGGGCACCUGCCGAAAUCUGGCAGAUCACUAUGAGUGCCACUGCCCCCUCGGCUAUGCAGGCGUGACCUGUGAGGCCGAGGUGGACGAGUGCUCAUCAGCGCCCUGCCUGCACGGAGGCUCGUGCCUGGACGGUGUGGGCUCCUACCGCUGUGUGUGCGCACCGGGAUACGCCGGCGCGAGCUGUCAGCUGGACGUGGACGAGUGCCAGAGCCAGCCGUGCGAGCACGGUGGCGUGUGUCACGACCUGGUCAACGGUUUCCGGUGCGACUGUGCGGACACGGGUUACGAAGGCGCGCGCUGUGAGCAGGAGGUGCUGGAGUGCGCCUCUGCGCCCUGCGUGCACAACGCAUCCUGCCUCGACGGCUUCCGGAGCUUCCGCUGCCUCUGCUGGCCAGGCUUCAGCGGAGAGCGGUGCGAAGUGGAUGAGGAUGAGUGUGCAUCGGAUCCCUGUCAUAAUGGGGGCCGGUGCUUGCAGCGCUCUGACCCGACCUUGUAUGGGGGUGUUCAGGCCAUCUUCCCCGGAGCCUUCAGCUUCAGCCAAGCCGCUGGCUUCCUUUGCAGCUGUCGUCCGGGCUUUGCUGGGGAUGACUGCAGCGUGGACGUGAAUGAGUGUGCCUCAGAGCCAUGUCUCAACGGAGGUAGCUGCCAGGACCUGCCCAAUGGUUUCCAGUGCUACUGCCAGGAUGGAUACACAGGACUGACAUGUCAGGAGGAUACGGACGAGUGCCAGUCGGAACCGUGCCUGCACGGUGGGACCUGCAGCGACACUGUAGCAGGCUACAUCUGCCAGUGCCCCGAGGCCUGGGGUGGACAUGACUGUUCUGUGCAGCUCACAGGCUGCCAGGGCCACGCCUGCCCACUGGCUGCCACCUGCAUCCCCACCUUCAAGUCUGGUUUCCACAGUUACAUCUGCCGUUGCCUGCCUGGGACCUAUGGGUCUUUCUGUGACCAGAAUACCACUUUCUCGGUUGUGUCUGGGAGUUCCGUGUGGGGAAUGGUGCCAGCUGGUGCCUCCCUGGCUUUUGCACUGAGAUUUCGUACCACCCUGCUUGCUGGAGCCCUGGCUACUCUUAAGGACACACGGGACAGCUUGGAGCUGGUUCUGGUGGGGGCCAUGCUCCAAGCCACACUCUGGAGACGUGGCACUGCUGACCUUGUCCUUACACUGCCAGACCUAGCCUUGAAUGACGGGCAUUGGCACCAGGUGGAAGUGACACUCCGCCUGGGAACCCUGGAGCUGCGGCUCUGGCAUGAGGGCUGCCCUGGCCAGCUCUGUGUGGCCUCUGGCACUGUGGCUACAGAUCCUACAGCCUCGGUGGCUUCUGGGUCUCCGGAGCCCCACUCCAUCCAUUUGGGCGGCAGGGCCUUUGCAGGCUGCUUCCAGGAUGUGCGUGUGGAAGGGCACCUUCUGCUGCCUGAGGAGCUCAAGGGAAGUGUGCUCCUGGGUUGUGAGCGCACAGAGCCUUGCCAACCUCUGCCCUGUGCCAAUGGAGGGGCCUGUGUGGACCUGUGGACUGACUUCCGCUGCGACUGCCCGAGACCUUACCAUGGGUCCAAGUGCACUGAUGAGGUUCCUGCUGCCACCUUUGGCUUGGGCGGUGUCAUGAGCUCAGCCACCUUCCUGCUCCACCAGAUGCUAGGCCCAAACCUCACCGUGUCGUUUUUCCUCCGCACCCGUGAGCCCGCCGGCCUGUUGCUCCAGUUUGCCAAUGACUCAGUUGCUAGCCUAACUGUGUCCCUGAGUGAGGGCCAGAUCCGGGCUGAGGUGCUGGGUCACCCUGCUGUGAUCCUCCCUGGGCGCCGGGAUGAUGGACUCCGUCACCAAGUGACGCUCAGCUUUGGGCCUGACCAGCUCCAGGACCUGGGCCAGUGGCUGUAUGUGGGUGGGAGGCGCUACCCUGACGAUACCCAGCCCUGGGGUGGGCCCUUCCGAGGCUGUCUCCAGGACCUACAACUCAACGGCAUCCACCUCCCCUUCUUCCCUUCUCCCAUGGAGAACUCAAGUUGGCCCAGUGAGCUGGAAGCUGGUCAGUCCUCCAACCUCACCCAGGGCUGUGUCUCUGAGGACACGUGCAAUCCCAAUCCCUGUUUCAAUGGUGGAACAUGCCACAUCACCUGGAAUGACUUCUACUGCACUUGCCCUGACAACUUCACGGGGCCCACCUGUGCCCAGCAGCGAUGGUGCCCCAGGCAGCCAUGCCUGCCGCCUGCCACCUGUGAGGAGGUUCCAGAUGGCUUUGUGUGUGUGGCCGAAGCCACGUUCCGCGAGGGCCCUCCUGCUGUGUUCACAGGCCACAACGUGUCCUCAUCGCGCGCGCUCAGCGGGCUCACCCUGGCCUUCCGCACACGCGACCUGGAGGCUGGGCUGCUGCGCGCUGCCUCCGCCGCGGGCGCCCACUCCAAUAUCUGGCUGGCGGUGCGCAAUGGCUCGCUGGCAGUAGAUGUGGCGGGCUCGGUGCUGCCGGCGCCCGGGCCGCGCGUGGCUGACGGUGCCUGGCAUCGCGUGCGCCUAGCCCGGGAGUUUCCACAGGCCGCCGCCUCACGCUGGCUGCUGUGGCUGGACGGCGCGGCGACACCCGUGGCUUUGCACGGCUUGGGCGGCGACCUGGGUUUCCUUCAGGGCCCGGGUGCCGUGCCUCUGCUACUGGCCGAGAACUUCACCGGCUGCCUGGGCCGCGUGGCGCUCGGCGACCUCCCCUUACCCUUGGCGCCACCGCGGUCCGGCGCGAUGUCUGGGGCACGCGAGCACUUCAUGGCUUGGCCUGGGUCUCCGCCGGCCGUGAGCCUCGGCUGCCGGGGCGGGCCAGUAUGCACGCCCUCGCCCUGCCUGCACGGCGGUGCCUGCCUCGACCUCUUCGACGUCUUUGCUUGUUCCUGCGGCCCCGCCUGGGAAGGACCCCGCUGCGAGAUCCACGCUGAUCCAUGUCGCUCAUCGCCCUGUGUCCGGGGCCAAUGCAACACGCGCCCAGACGGCCGCUUCGAGUGUCGGUGCCCUCCGGGCUUCUCCGGCCCGCGCUGCAGGUUGCCUACCUUGCCUCAGGGAUGUAGCCUCAACUCCACCUGCAAGGAUGGUGCCCCUUGUGGGGGUGGCCCCUUAGGCACUAACUGCAGUUGCCAGGAAGGCCUUGCUGGCCUCAGAUGUCAGAGUCUUGACCAACCCUGUGAAGCCAGUCCUUGCUUGAAUGGGGGCACCUGCCGGGUGGCCAGUGGCAUAUUUGAAUGUACUUGCAGUGCAGGAUUCUCUGGCCAGUUCUGUGAAGUGGUGAAAACCCUGCCUCUGCCUCUGCCAUUCCCACUGCUGGAGGUAGCAGUGCCUGCAGCCUGUGCCUGCCUCCUCCUCCUCCUCCUGGGCCUCCUCUCAGGAAUUCUGGCUGCCAGAAAGCGCCGCCAGUCUGAGGGCACUUACAGCCCAAGUCAGCAGGAGGUAGCUGGGGCUCGCCUGGAGAUGGACAGUGUCCUUAAGGUGCCACCAGAGGAGAGACUUAUCUAGGCUUGCCUGGCUGCUGUGUCCUGAAGGCCCUACAGGGUCACCGCAGAACUUCUACCUGGAGACCCAAGGAGACUGUUUCCAGAGAUGGGACAUCCACAGGAUGUGCCCCCGUGGCUGGCAGCCCUUGCCCUGUCCAUCCAUGGACUCAGGAAGUGGGGAACAACUCAGGGACGCAGAGAAGGCUGUGAGGAUGCACCUCUCUGACCUGCUGGGCUGUAUACAGGGCACACGUGGGUGCCCAUGGUAUGACAGGGUGUGUGCGUGUGUGUGUGCAUCUUUCUGUUUGGGGAAGAAAGGAGAGGAAGAAAGAGAAUAUACAUGGGGAUGUAAUGUGUUAUGACUGUGGUAAGAGCUUCAUGUCUGGGAACAACCCAGAUGGAUACCUCUGAGACAGGGGCAGCCCAAGGCUGCACGUUCUCUCGCACUGAACUGGCCACAGCUUACCCAAGCACCCAGACUUUGGUCUUGACAUCUUGUUCUCCAAGGACAGCCCUUAUCCUGGAGAAGCUGGGAAAUAGAGGAGUAUCCUUGGUUUCCAGAACAAAAGCCCUUUGGGGUAGAUCUGACUUGACAGUGCUAUGGCCAUGGCUGUAGGGCAGGUCUGCAGGAACCAUGGAGCAGCUGCCCUGGGCUGUCCUGCCUGCUGUGGGCACUUGCUGGAGUGGAGCAACCUGUCUGCCUACCUCACGAGGCUAUUCUGAGGAUCCGAGAGACAAACAGGCAGAAAACUUCAGAAGUCAUUAAAAUUCCAGUCUGAUGGAAAGAACUGGUGCCCUUUUGGGUGUUGGAAAGUGGCUCACCUGCCUAGAGUUGAAAGGGCUUCUUGGGACCUUGGAAAAGAGGCCAGAGGGGCAGAAGGAUGGAGAUGUCCUUCUCCCCUGUCCCUGGCCCCUGCAGACUCACCACCUUGUGGUUCUCCAGUGCAGGCUACCCCUUUGCCUGCAGUUCUGUUGCCAAGGAAGACCUCCGUUGUGUGCCUAACAGCAGUACCCGGCAGAUGGACCGCAGGCAGCUUCUGCACUGGUGCUCGUCCUGUGACUACUCAGUGUGCUUGACUUCUGAUACCCCCUGCCCCAGGCACUGGCCUGCAGCUUUAGCCUCCCUUGAACCUCCCAGAACCCUCUGACUUGGAGAGUUGUCCUUUGUCUUCCUUGUUUACCAGGAGUUCCAUGUGCAAAUGCCAAGUGACUUUUACACAUGGAAGCUGGCUGUUUCGAGGUUUCAGCCGCCUCAGAAGGCAGACUUGGGCUUUGAUAUGAGACCCUGGAUGCUAAGCUAGGAGGCCUGCUUGGUUCUUACCCUGUAGUGGUGGGACCACUUCGCCAUCAGCUGUCUCCAUGUCCCUUGGGAGAGGGAAGAGGAAACAGGCUCCUGGGUGAACUGUUGCAGUUGCCAGCUCCCAAGAUGUUUCCUGUGGAAUGCCAACUCGAUGAAACAUUCCAGUUCCACGUCAGUGUCACCAAUGUGGCCUACACAAGCACUCACUUGGGGUAGAUGCUGUUCUUGCUGAUAUGGGGGAGGGGUGGAACUUGUUUCUUCGUGUAGUCCUGCUCCCUGCUCAUCUAUAAUCCCUCACUGGGAGGGAUGGUGGCUCAGAGCCUCAGGUAUGCAUAGGCUGGAGUGCAGUGGCCUCUACUUCUGCAGGAUGGCUGGUGGAGAUGAGUACCUGCUCAGGCUCCCAUGCCCAGA